AUGUCGUGGAGCCGAUACCAUGAGUCAUCGUCCCAGUCCUGGCCUCCUUCGGCCAGCGAAGAUGGGGUGACGCCUUUCUCGCGCUAUCCUCUUCAAGAUGGCUUCUACAACACCCUGGCCUACACGCACGUCGUCAUUGGGUUCUCGUACGUUGCGCUGAUGCUGUGGCAGUUCCUAGCUACGAAAGGAACGCCCGGGCACGUGAAGCGCGGCGGGGUGCUCAAAUGGAUCGCCUUGUUGUGCAUUGGUGGAGGUUGGGCACUUCAGAUCCGUCACUCGUGGUUCAGCAACCCGACGGUCUUUGAGAAGCACCCGGCGUCUACGUACCCUUCCUUUCCCCCGCUGGGACCAUCUUCUGAUGUACGAUGCCCGGGUAGCUUACGGGGCACGGUGGAUCUGCUUCAAGCCCGUAGGCAGCCCCAGGUGCUUUUCAGCCUACCCUUUGCGCAGAACUUUGUCAGCGCCUUCGGCGCCUCCACAGUGGCCAGUGCUUUGAACUGCUACUUGGUUGGCGUGAAUGGGAAGUCCCGGGCCUCUGCCCAUGGUCCUGUGCACAUCCUCCUCCUCAUCGGCACCUCCGUGUCCCUGGCCGCCGACGUCAAUGCGUACGUGUACAUGUUCCGAGACCCUCCGGCACGAGAGAUGACCGUGACCACGCCGUGGAGCAGCUACCACUGGGAUAUGCUUGUGGAGAUGGUCGUGAUUGGCUCCGUGUUUCCCUUGUACGACGGCUCCCUGGACUACAAGGAGCAUCACGUUAUGAACGCGGUUUGGACCAUGAGCAAGACUGCAGCUGCGGUGCUGCUGUUUUCUGCUCACGACGCACAUUACUUCUGGACCCACCCGGGCCUCACCCUUCCCUACCGUCUGGCCGUGCAGCUGGUGCCGCAGCUGAUCAUCCUGGUUCCCUACUCACUCCGCAUCUUCCGCUACCUCCAGGCAAGCCGCCUCCCACACUCCCGCCGGAUCCUGUUGGCCAUGCUGGCCGUUGACAUGGGUGGACGCGCCGCUGAGGAGUUGCUGCUGGGCAAGGGGCAGGCCACCAUGGGUGCGCAGGCGGACAUCGAUGAUGCCACGCGCCUGGCCAUGGAGAUGGUGGCCUCCGGGGGCCUAUCGAAGGCCGUUGGGCCAAGAGCACUUCAGACAGGGGGGAUCCAGCCUUCGCAGGCCCUCCUUUCCGAAGUGGAUGCAGAGGUCAAGGAGCUCCUUGACAAGGCCCUCCUCCUUGCCGCCACCGCCAUUGCAAAGAAUCGCGAGCUUCACUCAGCAGUCGCCGAGGUGCUCAUCCAGCAUGAGACGCUGGAUGGAGAGGAGUUCCAGCGAGUGGUGCGUGAGCACCCGCCCAAGCCGAUCAAGCUGUGA